GACGAUAGACACAUUAUGGAUGGAAGUUGUCUGGGCUAGUGAUGAGGUUGAGUAUGGUCAGCGGUUGCAUCAACUUGAGCAAGCAUGUGUUGAUUAUAGUGGAUUUAUUAAUUAUGUGAAAGACACAUGGUUGACUCCACAUAGGCAUAGAUUUGUUGGAGCAUGGAUUAAUCGAGUGCUACAUUUGGGUAACACAACGACUAAUCGGGUUGAAUCUGCUCAUUGGAAGUUAAAGCAGAUGUUAGGAAACAGUAUAGGUGACAUGGUCAAAUGUUGGGAAGCAAUGAAUAACAACUUGAGGUUACAACUGGGAAACAUUAGAGCUUCUUUUCAAAAGAGUUUUUACGAAGUUGAGCACACGCACGUAAGUCCCUUUUAUGGUUAUUUGCGUGGUUCCGUAUCUCGAGCUGCUUUGAGACGUAUUGCUGAAGAGUUAUUGAGAGUUGAUUAUGUUGGAACUAACAGGCAAAUAUGUGGUUGUACUCUUAGAACAUCUUAUGGGUUACCUUGUGCUUGUGAGUUAGGAAGAUACAGACUAGGUGGUAUACCGAUACCCAUUGAUGCUGUUCAUGUUCAUUGGAGGAAACUAACUAUGGAAGUUGAGUUAGAGGUAGGUGAAGACGAUGGAUCAGAGGUGGAUAUGACUUCUGCAAUGGAUGAGUUGUGGAGACGAUUUAGGUCAUUAGAUGUUAUUGGGAAAAGGGCAUUAAAGAGUAGGGUAUGUGAACUAGCAUACCCAAUAAUGACAACAUUGUGUCCACCACCUGAGAAAAUAAAAACCAAAGGAGGAGUGAAGAAGAAAGGGAAAAAACCAGCAGAUUAUGAUGUUUAUAGGGACCCUUCGUAUCAUGAGUAUGUUGAUAAGGCAUCUCAAUCUUCACAAAGGCAAUCUCAAUCUUCACAAAGGCAAUCUCAACCAUCAUAGACUUCGAAGAAGAUCAAAUUAUCAAAGAAGCAACCACAAUUCAUUCUUCAAUUUCCUAAUCAUAUUAGGUCAUACAUUGAAGAUGUAGUUAAUGUUGAAUCAGAUGGUAAUUGUGGAUUUAGAGUCAUUGCAUCAUUGCAUGGAUAUGGUGAGGAUGGUUGGCCAAUGGUUCGUAGAGAG